ACUAAGCACCGCCCAUCAUUCUUUUUUAACUUAUUCCUCGUUUCGAAAAUUUUGAACCUCCGUGGUUUUAACAUACGUCCACCUCUCUUUAUUGAAUUUCCUUUCAGUUCCCGUCGCUCUCUUACUUCUCUUUGCCGACCAUGGCGUCCCAGAACAACUUCAUGACCGCCAUGACCAACCGGUCGCUGCGCACUGUCCGAUUGGAACUUGAGUUCCUUGCGGAUGCGUCGGUCAUCACUCCGCAACAACUGUCCUCGAUUGUAUCCCAACUACCCCAGGAGAACACUGAACGUUCCACCUCUGAACGUUCCGUCUCUGUACCUCAAUCGCAGCCACCUGUCCAGCGGCACCAACCCCCAGUUGCAGCCCCAACUCCCAUCCAGCCUUCUCCAGCUCCAUACUCUCCUCCAACCCAACAAUUUGCCAAUACCUCGUUGAACGAGAAGGCCGCCUAUCAACCGCCCCCACAGCAUUAUACUCCUCCACCACCUGCUUAUCCCCAAGCUCCUCCAGUGCUCUCGGUCGCCAAUGCACUCUACGCUUACACUCCAACGGAUCCCGGUGAUCUGGCCCUCCAGCCCCAUGACCGGGUUCAAGUGCUGGAGCACAUGAAUGCCGAUUGGUGGCGUGGUCGUAACGAGCGGACCAACUUGGAGGGUAUCUUCCCUCGUAGUUAUGUGAGCGUGAUAGAAGACAAGGCGGCGCCAGCUCCUCCUUCGGGUUACGGAAAUAUGCCCCUCGAAGUCAGCCAGGGUGGCUCCGCCGAAAAUCCGGAGGAGAAGAAACCGGCAAGUUUGAAGAGCAGGGCAAGAAGUUUGGCAAGAAGAUGGGCAAUGCCGCUAUCUUCGGUGCCGGUGCUACUAUCGGUUCCAACAUUGUGAAUAGCAUUUUUUAGUGUGCUCGCUUUUCCAGCUUUCAUUAAUACCGGAGGGGUCUCAAGUUGGAUACCAUGCGUGUUGAAUCCGUUUCUCACUCCUUUUGUUUCUGGGAAUGGCGUUGGUGGUGUCUUUUCUUUUGCUGCUCGGGAGCCUCGUUCAGUUUGGCUAAUGGGGAUUAUUUUGGAACCGUAUGUCGCGGGUUAUUUAUAGCAUGAUCCAUAGCCACGACGUUAAUACAAUUAUCAGAAUGCGACUUUCCAUGCAAUGA